AUGAAAGACUUGCAACGCGUUCUCCAAGGAAAGUCACUGGUCACCAUCUUUUCCACGUCCUGUUACUCGGGAGGUUGGCUUAUGAAUGUGACCGGUAUUACAGCAGCAGGUGAAGACACAGAGUCUUCAUCCCAAAUGAACACUCGAAAUCCCAUGGACAUGAGGGAAAAAAUGUACCACCCGACGUAUAUACAGCUAGCAGAUUCUGUGUAUUCAUUCUAA